AUGUGUGGUACAACACGGUUGACUGGUUUGCGAAACAAAUUGGGUUACACAAACGCUUUGAGUGUGGAUGCGGUGGGGAGAAGCGGGGGCUUGGCUCUCCUGUGGUCAGAUGAUAUAGAGUUGCGUAUCACGGGAUAUGCUCAACAACAUAUCGAUGCAAUUAUUCGGUUCGCUGUUGGCCUCCCAGAAUGGCGAUACACUGGUUUCUACGGCUACCUAGACCGUUCUCGGAGACAUCACUCCUGGGAUUUGCUAAGGUUGGGGGAGACUAUUUUUCACGUAUUUGCGGACUGCCCCUUUGCGAAUCAAGUUUGGCUUGCGUAUGGAAUGGCUUGGGGCUGUUCGAUGGGGUAUUUGGACUGCUCGUAAUCAAAAAAUUUGGAAUGAGAUUUACACUACCCCACAGCUCGUUGUGAAGCAGUCACUGGCUUAUCUAAGGGAAUGGAGGUCUGUUUAGAAGUUACCAAACAAUCUGCAUAAUUCUGGUUUACACUGUGCGAGAGCAAUGGGUUAGGCCUGGUAUUGGUACUCUAAAGCUCAACGUCGACGCCUCUGUUCAUUACGGGGCAAAUCAUAUAUUGGCAUGGGGUGGAUUCUUCGAGAUCAUGAUGGUUAUUUUGUGGCUACUCAAUCUCUUUCAAGACCGGGACCCGCUCUUCCCAGGGAGGCCGAAGUUCUUGCGGUUCGUGAGGCCUUAAGUUGGCUAAAGAAUACUCAAUGGGACAGUAUUAUAGUGGAGACGGAUGCUGAAGUUUUGGUUCGCAGCCUGCAUACCCCGAAUUUAUCUCCUUUCGGAUUGCUUCUUGAUGAUAUUACUGUUUUACUUUCGAGUUUUCAGAAUGUUAAGUUUUGUCAUGUUCGCAGAGAUGCAAAUGUUGUUGCUCAUUUGCUCGCUAGCUAUGCUUUUUUCUUAGUACGAGUGUGACUUGGAUAGACACCAGUCCACUUUUUAUUUCUUCUGCUGUACUGCAUGAUUUAAGUUUUAAUUGAAAGUUUUCUUCUUCAAAAAAAAA